AUGAAUGCCAAAUUUGAUGCUCCAUGCAGAUUUUAUAUAUAAGGAAAUUGCAGGGAAGGAGACCAAUGCAAAUAUUCCCAUGACUCAUCAAAUAUUGAGAAAGUUAACCUAGUUAGAGAUGAGAAGGGCAAACUCAAUUUGAAGAAGAAUAAUGAUUAUUAAACAUAGGAAAGAAAAUUUGUGAGAGGGAGAGGCAGGGGAAGAGCUUAGAUUGACAGAUAUCAAGAGGAGGAACAAACCAAAGACAAUAAUAAAAUAGAUAAAAGUGACAGAAUUGACUUAAAAUAGAGGCAGCAAUAACCAAAGAAUUCUUAUGAACAAAAAAGCGGCUAAAGAUUUGGAUAAUAAAAGGAAGCUAAUGAAAAUAGAUAAAUCAAAUACAAACGGGAUCAAAAUUAGGACUAAUAGGAAAAUUAGAAUUAAUAACCUGUACAAAGAGAGAAAAACAUCCAAGAGAGGAAUAAUGUUAAUUCGGAGAGAUGGCAAAGAAAUCAAGACAACGAUAAUGGAGAUGAUUAGUAGCAAUUUAGAUAAAAUACACGUGGAAGAGGAAGAGGCAGAGGCAGAGGAGGUAGAGAAAAUACAUUUACGAAAAGAGAUCACAUAUAAGAUGAAGAGAAGGAGAGAACCAAUUAGAGUGAAUAAUAAAUAGAAACCGUUAGUAUCACAAAGAAAGUGAAAAAGAAUGAGAUCUAAGUAAAGAAAAGGCAUUAAGUGUUGAAUUUGGUAUAGAAGAAGAACAUAGCUAAUCUAAUUCAAAUUGCAGGAUAUCAUUUUUAAUUUUUAGGCAUUUUAAGAGCAGAUGCAAUUGAUUUUUAUUAAAUACCAUUCAAAAGAAAUGGAAAUGAAAUAAUUGAUGAAGAAAAGAAAGUGACAAUUAGUCAAACAGAUAAAUAAUUUAUUUCUGCUUUUAUCUAAGAGCAUCCAAAUAAUGAAUACACUCUAAUAAUCCAAUUUUAGAAAGAGGAGGAAUCCUUUAAAAAUUUAAUGGUGUUCCAUAAUGUGUUCCAUCAGUAAUGCCCUUAGAUAAUAUCUGAUAUAUCAAUGAAGGAGAUUGUCUAUACAAACUUCGAGGAUGGAUAACUAUACACUUUUUGUAAGGAUGGAUUGAUCAGGAUAUUCACUUAAAAUGAUAUUGGACAAUUAAGGUACACUUAGCAUUACAAUGUGGAACAAUCUAUGGAGAGUGUAAUUAAGGUUGGCAGCAAUUUCUUAAUUGGAAUGCGAAGUGGAUAACUCUAUUUAUUUAAUGGCAAAAUCCUUACUGAAAUCCCAUAUAAAUUUACUUAGAAAUGCACACAAAUGAUCAUAGAUUUCAAUAGAGUGAUCUUGAAGAUGGAUGACGAUAUUUAAACAUCAAUAUAUAUUUUGAGUUAGAAUUUAGAGAUAAUUGGACCUAUUUAUAAUGGAGAAAAGGUGAUUUGCUUAGAGUUGAUCAAAAGUUAUGAAAGUGACAAAUUGUUUAUUCUUGGAUUUAGUGAGUCUGUUGAGAUCCAUACAGAGAUUGAAAAUAAAUUAUAUCCGAUAAAUGUGAUGUUGCAUUAGAGACUUAUGCAAAUGAAGAAGAUUGAAAUUACUAAUGAAAACAUGGUUACUUAGAAAUUUAUUGUAGGAGAGUGCAAUGAAGAGAUGAAAAUAUUCAGUGUAGUACCUGAAUAAUGA